CUUCUAAACAGCGUGUCUCUUUACCUUCGUAAGACUUCAACAACAAUGAUGAAUCUAAUCUACAUACAUCUUGAACAAGAUACACUUUCAUAAUAGGAGCAUCCUAAUUCAACAAAUAAGAUCUCGCUAUCUUCAUUUCAACCCUUUCAAUUCCCAACAUGGAAACACAACAGUAGGAAAUAAGCACAUUCAACGGGUCAGAAUAAUCUUAAAGUUCCACGUUUGCUCAACAAUGUUACUUGAAUGUCCUUUCUUCAGUGUACUUAGAUGAGUUUUGUCUCUCCAUCCUCAUUAAUUAUGUAGGACAAUUAGUUGAACUUGUAAUACUUUGACAUUUAAUAUAUUGCUUGCAAUCUAAAUCUUCCACCAGUCACAUUAAUAAUGAUUAUGAUAAGGACCUGGAUUGAGCCCGUGGUUGUUGGAGCCCAGGUUGCUGCCUCCUUCUAUGAUACGGGGCUACUUAUGACUGUGAGAAAUCACUAUAACAAAACUACAUUGUCUUCUAACAGCUCUAGUGAGGAUGCUCUACAGAAAUCCAUCUCUAACUUCUACAUAACAUACAAUGUGAUUAUGGGUUUAACCCCCAUGCUGUCUGCGUAUAUCUUGGCAAAACUUGGAGAAAGAAUUAGUGGAAAGAUCUUAAUAUGUGUGCCUUUGGCAGGGUACUUGGUAUCUAGGUUAUUUUUAUUAUUCGUCAUUCUUUGGGACUGGCCAAUAGAGGUAAUUUUUGGAUCAGCUGCAUUGAAUGGUUUAACAGGCUGGUUCACUACCUAUUGGGCUGGUGUGAUGGCCUGGGCUUCACAGAGUUCCUCCGAAAGCAGAAGGUCUCUUAGACUCAUUAUCAUUGAAAUGGUUUAUGGACUGGCAGGGUUUGUCGGCAGCUUGGUAUCAGGUCACAUAUUUAUCGAUUUAAAUCUUGCAAAACGUCAAGGUGUCAUUCUUGCCUGUUGCAGUACGUCUUGCUACGCGCUUUGCGUCCUAUACAGCAUUUUCAUUUUAAAGAUGCCAGAUUUAACAGCAAUAAAUGCUGAAAAAAUCAAUUGUGAAAACGAACACAUCCAGGAAAAUCUAAAUGUUCCCAUAAACUCUGAGUACACAGAACAAAGUAGAUUGCUAGAUAACGAACUUAUUGGAAUAUCAACACCUCGCCAAUUAAAUGGGACUCCAUCAAAGUUAAUUCUUAUUCUGUUGUUUAUGGGUGCGAUUCUAUUAAAUGUUGCCUCAAUUGGAGCAGAAGAUGUCAUUAAUGUAUUUGUCUUAAAAAAACCUUUAAGUUGGGGCCCAGUUGAAGUUGGCUAUGGUUAUGCUGCAUUAUAUGUAACAUGCAUCACCAGUUUCUUGGGAGUUCUGGUGUUCAGCAAAUGUUUUGAAGAUCCAGGCCUCAUCGUUAUUGGAAUACUAUCCUUCAGUGCUGGGAUCCUGAUUAUGGCCUUCGUACAAUGGACAUAUAUGUAUUAUGUUGCUCGGGCCGUGAUGAUGUUUUCUCUUAUUCCAACACCAACCAUCAGGUCAAUGAUCUCUAAACAUGUUGAAGGAUCUUCAUACGGUAAAAUCUUUGUUGUUCUUCAAUUGGGAAUAGAAAUCGUGGGAGUGAGUUCUUCAGCUGGAUUCAACAAAUUAUAUCAAGCCACGCUGGACUGGUACAGUGGAUUCUGCUUCAUUGUGUUCAGCAGUCUUGGAUUUGUCAGUAUUAUUCCAAUCAUUAUUACAGCCUGCUUGCAAAAAUCGCGGAUGCUACAUUCCAGAAGCUGCUUGAAUGGAGAAACAGCGUACGGGAGUACUAUAAAUUAACUGUAUUGUUUCUACUGGCACAGACACUAAAUCAGAAUAACAUAUAAUGUAAGGUUGAAUCGAUUUUUACAGGUUUUUUUUACAUUUUUGGAUUUUUAACUUGUGUGGUAUUGUUUGCACAUACU